AUGUCAGAGACCGAUGCAGGUGGCAGAGACGGGGUGGUAGAUGGAGAAGUGUCUGCAUUCUUGGGACUACCCCCACAGAAGACCGAGACAAUUGACCCAGAGAUUGUUCGCGUGAUAAGAACAAAAAUUCAGGAAUUCAGUCAGCUCAAAUCCCAAAAUAUGAGACUCACAGUCACUAUAGAUGAAGUCAAAUCUGUAUCCACAAAGCGAAACGAAGCUUUGAGGGCAGAAGUCGAAAAGGCACUCAGGGAAAGCGACAAAAUAAGAAACGAGAGAGAUGAAUUGGAUAAAUCGAUAUCUGAAUUGAGCAAUGAAAGGACGAAUUUGAUCAGCAAUUUAGAGACUUCUAAGAAUGAGGUCAAGGAGCAAUCGGAACAGAGAGACUUGUUGAAGAAGGAUAAACAGGAUAUCGUUAAUCUCUUAGCGGAGAAGGUGGAGGAAUUGCAAGGCUCCAAGAAUGAAUGCGAUAGAUUUUUGAAACAAAAUAAAGAUCUGCGCAAUAAAAUUAUGGAACUAGAGAGUCUGAAUCAAAAUUUACAAUUCAAUGAUUUGAACAUCAAGGCCGAAGUCCAAACGCUAGAACAAAGAUUAAAUUUGAUUACAAAAAACAACGAAUGGCUGGAAGAACAAUUCAACAGUCAAAGCGAGGAGCUUGUUUCUUUGAGACAAUCUUUCAGCUCUAAGCUGCAAGCUAGUGCAAAAGAGCUUUCAAUUGUUAAGAAUGACCUUCAAUUAGAACAAACAACGAAACAAGUUAUCAUAGAGAAAAAUGAUGAAUUAUCGAAGAAUUUGCAGGAGAAGAUGUUACAAGUUAAAGAGUUAAGCGAUACGUUGGCCACAGAAAAGGGCGAAUUCCAAAGAGAGAUGUCCUUAAAACAACGGUUGAUUGACUUGUUAGAGAAGCAAUCAACGUCAUUGAAAAAUGAACUUAAAUUUGCCUCAGAAAGAAAUGAUUCGUAUUCAUCAGAUGCUGGUGAGAACAAAUCUUUACAUAAUGAAAGAGAAAAACUCAUAUCGGAUUUGGCAGAAUUAAGGUCAAAGUAUGAAAAUUCAGAGAGUGAACGUCUACGACUGGAAGCAUUGGUCGAAGAGUUUAUGCCAAAUGACGAGAAACUUGAAUUAAAUGAAAACUCAACCAUGCUCACAUCAUAUAAUACAGACUCCUCUACACCGUCGCGCAAACUUUAUGGUGAUCUAAGUAUCUUGAGAAGACAAUUAUUGAAAGAAAAGCACCAAAAGGAGAAUUUACAACGCCAAGUGGAAUCAUUUAUCAUUGAACUGGAGCACAAGAUUCCAGUUAUCAAUUCGUUUAAAAAGAGAACUGCAAUGUUAGAGGCAGAAUUAAACGAUGUUGCAUUGUUGUUGGAGCAUACCUCAAAUGAAAAGGAGACCAAGGAAAGAGAGUUUGAUAUGGUGAAUUCUAAGAUCAAACAGUAUGAGUCCAAUAUUCAUGAUUUGGUUAGACAACGAUCUGAUCUAGCUCAUCAGGUGCAGUACUUACUAUUGCACAUUUCGGUGCAAAACGACAACAAUGGACCUUUAACACAAGACGAGGUGGCUUUUGUAAAAAAGAUUUUGAAUAAUGAAGAUCCGAAUUACGCAAGUGACUCUCAGCGUGUCAUUUCGGAGAGGUUAUUGGAGUUCGAUAAUGUCAUUGCUAUGCAAGAAAAGAAUGCAGAACUUUUAAAAACCGUCCGAAAUUUGGCAGAUAAAUUGGAAGCAGAAGAAUUCGCUAGACGUUCCGAUAGUAUGACUAUCGAAAGUAAAACUAUAAAAGAAGCUAAGGAGGCUAUCGUUACGUUACAAUCAUUCAAUGAAAAGCUAGAAUCCAAAUUGAAAAGUAUCGAAAAAGAAAGGGACGCCUAUAAAACACUAGUUGCAGAUCGUAAGGAUCGAGAAAUGGCCAGUCCGUCUUCUUUAAAGAAGCAUGACGAAAUCGAAAAAGAGGAAAGCGAGAAGAAAAUUCAAACUCUUGAAGAUCAGCUGACAGCAGUAACAACCGAAUAUUCCAAGAAUAUUCGAAUGCUGAAUGAGGAAAUACAGCAACUAUACAAAGUUAAGAGUGAAAUCACCAUAAACUUAGAAAAGGAGAAGUUUUCAAGGCAAUUAGCUGAAGAGAGACUAAACCUGUCACAGAAUAGUUUAGAGCUGACACAGAAUGAAAACAGAGAACUGUCAAGAAGGUCUAAACAUCUACAGGAUCUCAUGGAAGCACAAGAUCAAAGAACAGGCAAAACUAUGGAUGAGUAUAUUGCCUGUAAAACUAAACUCGGUAUAGUAGAGUCCAAGAUAUCAAAUAUGGAGGCGGAAAGAGACCUUCUAAAGUCUUCAGAAAAUCGCCUAAAGGAUGGUUACAAAAAACUAUCUGAUGAAAAGAAUACUCUUAGAAUAAUGGUAACACAAUUGCAAACAUUGCAAUCAGAACGUGAGAUCAUGUUACAGAGCAUUCAAAAAGACCAUCAAGAGAAGAUCAAAAAUCUGGAAAGUGCUAUUAGUAAGGCUCAUGAAUCCUUGACUUCCAAGGAUUUGGAGAUCAAUACGAUAAAAGAGUCUUCCCAGAAUAAAAGUCAAAUAUGUGAAGAGAAAAUAGAUUCUUUACGGCAGGAAAUUAGUGAACUGCGAGAAAAAUUGACCGAAAAGACGGUUUUAGUGUGUAAACUAGAAUCUGAUGUCAAAAAUACAAAGAGAGAACUCGAGGAAAGUAAGGCUCGUAUUUCUUCUUUUGAUGUAUUAAAUGAUACGGAGAAUAGCGAAGGAACUCAGAAGAAUAUCUUUAAAGAUCUUGAGAAAGCUAAAAUUGCCCUUGCAGACGCGUAUUCUCAGGUUGAACAUUAUAAAGAGCUAGCUUCUUCAUCAGAGGAGUCCUUAAAUACAGUUAGAGCGGAAUACACCGAAGAUAGAGAAAAUUUGGCAACAACUUUAGAAAAUUUAAGAAAAGAGAAAGAUGGGAUGGAAGAACGUAUUUCUAGCUUGAAUAAGCAGCUACAAGACGUAAGCACAGAACUGAAAACUGAGAAGGAACACUCAGAUACAGAAAAAAGUGAACUACUCAAAAAAUUUUCAAUUUUGAAGGCUAACGAUCAGCCACUCGAAGAAAUGAAGAAAAAGCACGAGCUUCAGAUAGAGGAGCUUAAGAAAGAUCUGGAGGAACAAGCGUCAUACGCAAAUAAAGCUCAAAAAAAUUACGAGGAGGAGCUAAAAAAACACGAAGCCAUCUCGAAAACAGUUAGCGAACUAAGAGAGCAAGUUCGAGAUUAUAAAUUGUCUGCAGAACAUCUUAAAUCAUCAAGAGAUCAACUAAGCGCCACUCUAGAGGAAAGCGAAAAAAGUUGGCUGGUACAAAAGUCUGAUCUUGAGGCCCAGUUGGAUGCUAACAAAGAACGUCUCGAAGACCUUUCUACUCAAAACAAACUUUUGUAUGAUCAGGUUGAACUAUUCUCAAUGAAGGCAGGAGAUCAACAAGGUGUUACUUUCACCGAAGAACAUGAUCUUUUGGUCAGCCUACGUCGCGAGAGAGAUAUUCUGGAAACUAAGCUUGCUGUCAGCGAUAGAGAAGUUAAAACCCUCCGUCAGAAGCAAACAAUCUUGGAGAAUGAGCUGAAAAUGGCACGUGCCCAGGCGGCUGAGCUCAAGGAAACAGAUGCAAAGCGUCAAAGUUUUACAAUUGAACACCAGAAAAUUAUGGAACAAUUGAAUCAGUUGAACUUGAUGAGAGAAAGCAAUACCACCUUACGAAAUGCUGCCCAGGCCGCGAACAAGAAGAAUGACGAUCUUCGUGAAGAGCUAGACAAUCUGCAGAAAAAAUUAAUUCCAUUACAAUCGGAGAAUGCUAGUUUGCACGAUACAAUACAGGAGAAAGAUCAACAAAUAAUUCUUUACAAAAGCGAGUCAAACCGUUGGAGAGAGCGCUCUCAGGAAAUUUUGCAGAAGCAGGAGAGAAUUGAUCCGGAGGAAUAUGAAAAACUAGGCAAUGAGGUGUCUUCUUUGAAAUCUCAACUUGAGGAGCGAAUCAAAGAGAAUACUGACUUGAAUGACAGAUUCAAUAGGCUCAAGAAACAGGCACAUGAAAAGCUAAAUGCUUCUAAAAAUGCUCAAACGACGUUGACUUCAGAACUGAACGAAUUACAGGAGGCUAAAAAGAAUCUAGAAGAAUCCUUACAAAAAGAGACUAUAAAAUGUCGUGAUCUGGAGUCAAAACUUGCUCAAACUAUGAGCUCUGUCGAAUUUGAGAAGUUACAGGAUGAUUUGGCCAAAGCACUUCUCAGAUCAAAUGAAGUUGAGGAGAGCCUUCAAGACACUGUUAACUCUUCGAAUACAUUGACAGAACAUCUCAAGAACGAGAUUGCCUCAUUGAAAAAUGAACUCUCGAUUUUGAAGGCGAAAGAGGAAACAACUCGUGCUGCAAUUUCUGGCCAAAAUGAAGACCUAUCAAAUGUAGUGGAAUCUAUGAAGCAAGCUUUUGAGCAAGAAAAAAUCGAUUUCAUCAAGACAAAAACGGAGGAAUUCAAUAAGCAACUCGAAAUGCAUAAAAGUCAUACUCCAGCAACUCAAAAUGUACCUCAAAUCAGUAACAUCGAUGAAGAAAAGAGAAAAUGGGCAGACGAAUACGAAUCUGCCGUACUACAACGAAUUCAGGAGGCCGAAGAAAAUUUAAAAAGACGGAUCAGGAAGCCAACAGAGGAUAGAAUCAAUAGCGUCAUUGAGAAAAAGAAGCAAGAGUUAGAAGAUGAAUACAAAAAGAAGCUUUUCAUUCAAGAUAAUGAAAUCCCGCUGAGUGAUCAACAACGGGAAGAAAUACGAAAAGAGCUUGAGAAAGAUUUGCAAAAUCAUUUCGAAAAUGACUUGAAAGAAGCCAAAAAGAAGUCUUUUGAAGAAGGCAAACAGCAAGCAUCAAUGAAAACCACAUUGUUAGAAAGAAAGAUUUCAAAACUUGAGACGCAACUUAAAGAUAGAGAGAAUGGCGCUGAAUUGAAAGAGGCCAAAAAGCCGUCAGAAAACGAUGAAUCAAGUGAUCUUUCUACACUUUCAAAGAUAGACGAGAGUGCUGAGGCUGGGAAAAAACCCAGCCGACCACCCACCUCAGGCGAACAAGUUUUGAAAUUAAAUAAUAAUCCAACCUUUGGCUUUCAAACAACGCCUAAUAGCAAUCCUUUUACGUCAUCCUUUCAAAACACUAGCUUUGAAAACAACUCAGUAUUCGGAGCUAAACCAUCCUUCGGGGUAGCAGGCAAUGGUGAGUCAUCUCCAUUCGGUAAAUUUGCGACAGGUUUUGGAAGCAAUGUUCAAAAACCAACAUUUUCUCUGGCACCUACACCGAUGGUCGAGAAACCUGAAGAAGCAGAAAAUGCGACCGAAAAAGAAUCCUCGGGGGAAUCAAAUAAUCCCUCCCCUUCAAAAAGACCCACAGAAAGUGAGGAACAGACCGAAAACAAGAGAUUGAAGGAAGAUUCUACAGAAUAA